AUGAUUAAGAGUUGUUGUAUCUUUGCUUCUUUCAGAGGAGUGGCUGUUGAGGACUCAACUUCCCCGUAUGGCCUUCGACUAUUGAUUGAGGAUUACCCUUUUGCGGUCGAUGGGCUAGAGAUCUGGUUUGCUAUCAAGACAUGGGUUAAGGACUACUGCUCCUUUUACUACAAGGAGGAUGACACUAUCAAGAAAGAUACUGAACUUCAAUCUUGGUGGAAGGAAAUAAGAGAGGUGGGUCAUGGUGACAAGAAAGAUGAACCUUGGUGGCCAAAGAUGCAGACAUGUGAAGAGCUGAUUCAGACUUGCACUAUUAUUAUAUGGAUUGCCUCAGCUCUCCAUGCUGCAAUCAACUUUGGACAAUAUCCAUAUGGAGGCUUCCCACCAAGUUGUCCCCAGAAAAAGGAACUCCAGAGUACGAUGAACUCAUGGCAAAUCCUGAUAAGGCUUAUCUGAAAACAGUUACUUCACAGUUUCUGGCUGUUCUUGGCAUUUCACUUGUAGAAAUCUUGUCCAAACAUUCUAGUGAUGAGGUCUACCUUGGGCAGAGAGACACUCCAGAUUGGACAUCUGAUGCUGAGCCAUUGCAAGCCUUUGAGAAGUUUGGCAAAAAGCUUGCUGAUAUUGAGGAAAGGAUCUUGAGAAUGAACAGUGAUGAGAAAUUCAGAAACCGGUAUGGUCCAGUUAAGAUGCCAUACACCUUGCUUUAUCCUACAAGUAAAGGUGGACUAACUGGCAUGGGGUUCCCAACAGUAUCUCAAUUUAAUUUAAAGGGGCUGUAACCAGGGUCUUGUCUUAAUAAAUAAUAAUGUCCUUAAAGGACCUUGGUUACUUUGAAUUAUGAUUUUAUGAUGGCCAACAGACUUUUGACUUUUCUUU